AUGGGCUUCGCCACGGGCUUCACGGGCGGCGUCACCCUGACGCUCUCCCUCGCCUACCUGUCGGUGCUCGCCCACCAGCGGACCCGCGAGAACCAGAGCCGCCACCUGCGCGCGCAGGCCCUCGCCCUGCAGACGCUCGUCGACCCGAUCCCGCAGCCCCUGCCGCCCUCGCGCUCCGAGGUCGCCGCCGCCCAACGAGCCGCGUCCGUCGAGGUCGCCAAGGACCGGUGGAACGAGGAGGUCGAGAACGCCGUCCGGUGGGUGCAGAACACGGACUGGGUGGACGUGCGGGAGGAUCUCGAGGCCCGCGUCGCGGGGCUCUGGGCCAGGGCGUUUGGCGGGGCCGUGGACGGCGCCGAGAAGGCGGGCGAGAAGCUGGAGCCCGCAGCGCGACAGGUGGAGGCGGCCGCCCGGGACGCGGGCAGCAGCAUCGCCAGCGCCGGCAAGGCCGCCUUCGACAAGGCCAGGGAGAGGGGCGCGCGGUACGAGUCUACGAUGGAGGACAAGGCCCUCGAGGCGCGGCUCACGGGCCGGAGACAAAUCGAAAAGGCAGAAGCCGAGGCCAAGAAGAAGGCGUCCGAAGCGCAGGGCGUCAUCGCGUCGGCGCUCGAGAAGGGCCGCGACAAGGCACACGAGGUCGUCGACAAGGUCAAGACGGCUGUGGGCCUGGCCGAGGAGAAGGCCGCCGCCGCCGCCGCGACCGUCGACGGCAAGGCGCAGAGCCCUGUGGCAAAGGCGCUGCAGCAGCGCUACGAGAAGCCCGAGGCCAAGAUCAACCGCACGGUGGCGGAGGUGCUGCAGGAGAGGUAUACGCCGAUAGACAAGCGGGACAACACUGUGCUGAGGGGCUUGUAG